AACUCAACGAACUCAACAACCUAAAAACACAAAAACAAAAAGCGAUUAUAUUCUUCUUCUUCUUCUUCUCUCUUUUCAUUCUCAUAGAAUCAACCCUUGCUUCCAAGAUAAAACACUGUUCACAUAAUCACUUUUCUAACAUUCUUGAAUAUUACCUUUUCCGCAAGUUUGAAUUUGAAGAUAAGAGCAAUGGGUGAUGGAAAUUGCAUAAGAACAUUGAAGGAAUUUUCGAUACCGGAUUAUAUACUUAUACCGGGAACUGAGAACAGAGGUGUUACUCAUUUACCUGCAUGUCCUGUGGUUGUUUUCAUUAACACCAAAAGUGGUGGUCAGCUUGGUGGAGAGCUUCUUGUUACCUAUAGUUCACUUCUUAACCAAAAUCAGGUUUAUGAUCUGGGAGUACAUGCUCCAGAUAAGGUGCUGCAUCAACUAUAUGCUAAUUUAGAAAAGCUAAAACACAAUGGAGAUCAUUACGCUGCUGAAAUUCAGAAUAGGUUGAGAAUAAUUGUUGCUGGUGGAGAUGGUACUGCUAGCUGGCUUCUUGGAGUGGUAUCUGAUCUUAAAUUACCUCAUCCGCCGCCAAUUGCAACAGUGCCACUCGGGACAGGAAAUAAUCUCCCCUUUGCAUUUGGAUGGGGAAAGAAAAAUCCUACCACAGACAUCCAUUCAGUGGCAUCGUUUCUGAAUCAUGUAAAAGCUGCAAAGGAAAUGAAAAUAGACAGCUGGCAUAUUAUAAUGCGAAUGAAAGCUCCAAAAGAAGGUUCAUGCGACCCAAUUGCGCCCCUUGAGCUACCUCAUGCUAUGCAUGCAUUUAAUCGAGUCUCUGCAACAGAUAAACUAAACUUGGACGGCUACCACACUUACCGCGGGGGAUUUUGGAACUAUUUUAGCAUGGGAAUGGAUGCGCAAGUAUCAUAUGCAUUUCAUUCUGAGAGGAAGUUACAUCCUGAAAAGUUUAAAAACCAGUUAUAUAAUCAGAGUGCCUAUCUGAAGCUUGGAUGUACACAAGGCUGGUUCAUGAGCUCUUUAUUUCAAUCGUCUACCAGGAAUAUUGCUCAGCUGACAAAGGUAAAGAUAAUGAAAAGGCAUGGUCAAUGGGAAGACCUUCACAUACCUCGCAGCAUACGAUCAAUAGUUUGCCUAAACUUGCCCAGCUUUUCUGGUGGACUCGAUCCUUGGGGAAAACCAAACAAAAAGAAGUCAGUCUAUAGAGACCUGACUCUUCCAUUUGUUGAUGAUGGGCUAUUUGAAGUAGUUGGUUUUAGAGAUGCUUGGCAUGGUCUUGUUUUGUUUGCACCAAAUGGGCACGGGACUCGUUUAGCACAGGCAAGCAAAAUCCGGUUUGAGUUUCACAAGGGUGCUGCUGACUGUACAUUCAUGAGAGUCGACGGUGAACCAUGGAAACAACCCCUCCCCAAGGAUGAUGCCACAGUUGUUGUUGAAAUAUCUCACCAUGGUCAAGUUAGCAUGCUUGCCACCCCAUUAUGUCGUUCUAAAAGUAUGCAUGACGACAAUCCUCCCUCACCUUCUAUUGAUCACGAAGAAGAUGAUAGUAGUGAUGACGAAUUCGAUGAAAGUAGUGAAGAACGUCGCAAGUUUGGUGCAGCCGAGACAUUCAAGUAUACAGAGGGAGUUGAUAUGUCUCAUUUGAGUUAGUAUAGCUAGCUUUGCUUAAUUUGUGGGAAUCAUAGGGAGUGAACUCUUUUUGUGCAUAUCACUCGAACUUAAUUCUAGUGUGUACAGGCCUUUAGGUGGAUUUGAUUACCUUUUGAAUGGAAAGUAUUUUCUUUUUACAAUU